CAAGAUGAUCAUGAGGAUGAUGAUGAUGAUGAUGAUGAUGAUGAUGACGAUGAUGAUGAUGAUGAUGAUGAUGAUGAUGACGAUGAUGAUGAUGAUGCUGAUGAUCUUUGGGGAGAUGAUGUUGAUGAUUCUCAUGAAUAUGAUAAUGAUGAAGAUGAUGCCCAUGAUGAUAAUCAAGAUGACUAUGAUGAUGAUGAUGAUGAUGAUGAUGAUGAUGAUGAUGAUGAUGAUGAUGAUGAUAAUGUGAUGAUGAUGAUGAUGAUGAUGAUGAUGAUGAUGAUGAUGAUGAUGAUAAUGAAGAUGAUUUGA